GCCACGGGCUCGCAAUGGAAGGCACCGAUCACGGCCUCCCUCCCAAUCUUGCCAAGAUCGAAGCAGACGAAAUGGCCAAUAUCGAAGCAGACGAAAUGGCCUCCUGGUGUCCCGUUGCUGCCGUCUGGGUGGCGUUCUACCUCUUCAACCUCGUGUACAUUCGAAUGAUACACCCACACGAUCGCAAGAAGCUUCACUUUGUCGCGCAGCUCUGGCCUCAAUCCCUCCUCGCAGUCCUCACCCGCUACGCCGUCCUCUGUCUCGGCUCCCGCUACUCGCUACUCUGCUGCCUCCUCACGCUUCCGAUCUCGGUGUGGGAGACGACGUCGCUGCAGGCGAUGGCCGAUCUCUACGAGGGCCGUCCGCUCAAGGCGCCGACAGCCAAGCAGAUCGUCCUUCAGCUCAAGGUUGCCGCCGUGGAGACGCUGGGAUACGUGCUCGCCUUCCAGAUCUGGCCCUGGCUGCGCGAGGACGGCCUCGGCGCUCCGCCCGCCUCUGUGCUGCUGCAUGCGGUCUGGAGGACCCUACUCUUCGACAUCGGACUGGACCUCGGCUUCUACGCCUUUCACCGCAGCUGCCACGUCAACCGGACGCUCUACCGCCUCGUCCACGCGCCUCACCACGCAGAGACGGGCAAGGAGAGCAGCGGCGCAUCCGAGCAUGGCCACCUCGUCGCCUACGAGACGUACGAGCUCACCUUCGUUGAAACGGCCUCGAUCCUGUCCUCGUACCUGGUCGGCUUUCAGGUCCUCUCGCUCUGCUUCUCCUUCUCCACCUUUGACGUCGCGCUCUACGCCCAUAUGAUCGAACUCCUCGGGCACACGGAGAUGAGCUGGACACCAACCGGCCACCCGCAGCGGCUGAUGGCCGACCUCCAAACACUUCUCUCGUCUACAACCGCUUCUCCCCCCCCUGGCCAGGUGCCGCAUCACACCAUGCAUCACCAGAAGCCGCUCUCGAACUUCUCCAAGCGGCUCAUCCUCUUCGACCUCCUCUUCCACACCUACGAGCCGCCCGACUACAGGCGAGAGGCGUACUGGACCCGCGUCAACAAGGCGCAGCCGCAGCCGCAGCAGCAGCAGCCAGCCAAGGGCAAGCCGCACCUCGAGGUGCGCACGACGCAAGCGUACCCUGUCGACGAGGAGGAGAAGGCGGCGCCCGCAGCAACGCUGCCGCAAUCAGGCUCGCCUCUCAAGCCGCGCCGCUCCUUUGCCUCAACAAGGAACUCUGAUGCCUUCUGA